UAUACAAAAUCUAUAAUAAAGAUGUUUCAAAUAUUCAUCAAGAACGUGGAACCAAGUAUCUCCAACAGGAAAUUUACAUAAGGGAUUUAUCAUCCCACUAUUUCUUUACCUCUAUUUCUUUUUCUAAUUGAAUAGGUGCUUCCGAUAGUGCAUUUGUAAACAAAAUAUUCGAUCUUUAGUUGCAUAUUUCAAGUUUUAUGCUGUUUAUUUAUCAUGCUCAUGAGUAAUUAAAAGCAAAAAGAAACUUGUACCUUGGUUCUUAGCGGGCCAGCAAUGGAAAAGUUAUAUUUUUUGUUUUUGUUUUUUAACUAAAUGACUUUAGACAAAAAAAUACAGUGAACCGUAUCCCCACUCCAACUUUCACAAUCUCACCUCAGUUGUUCCUUCAUUAUCAAUAUUUGACUUGUGCUUCCUGCUUCAUAGCAUAGAUCCAUUGUCAAAAUAUGAUGAAAAUGAAAUAAACUUUCCUUCUUUGAUGUCUUUCAGAACCAACGAGCACGGUUAAGUGAUAAAUUUACUAGCUCAGUCACCCACCUUUUUCCCCAAGCCUCUUUAUAGAUCUUACAUAGAUAACUUUAUACAGUACAAUUUUUCGUAUUGCCAACUGUACGUUUGUUCCAUAUAUUUAAAAAACUAAUUAUCAGAAGGCUUAGUUUUAGCUUGCUUGUUGCUCUUUCAAUAAUCAACAACUUUCCCAUACUUACAUUUUGAGAUUGAGGUCUCAUGCUCUCAUUCUUCUUACUUUCAAUAGUGCUAAUUCUUCUGGACUGCACAGUGUUCGUGCAAGGGGCUAUCUAAUCCUUUCAGUAAAUGUCUUGUGCAGAAAUCAUAUAUUUUCCUAACCCAAUGACUUAUGAAUUGUAUUUUACAAGAGGAACCAACUGAUUUUGCUUCAUGCUAUUGCAUUAUUUGCACAACCUGAGUAGUAAAACAUAAUGAAACUCCAACCUUUACCCUCAACUAUUUCCAUUUUUCUCCCCUUGCUAGCAAUUCUUCCUCACAUUAUUGCUAAUCUUGAUUCAGACAAACAGGCUCUACUUCAAUUUGCUGCAUCUGUCCCACAUCUUAAAAAACUCAACUGGAACUUUGCUUUACCAAUCUGCAAUUCUUGGAUUGGAAUCACUUGCAACAAAGAUGGAACCAGAGUCAAUUCAAUUCAUCUGCCUGGUGUUGGACUUUUUGGUCAUAUUCCAAGCAAUAGUAUAGGAAAACUAGAUGCUCUCAAAGUCCUUAGCCUAAGAUCAAACAAUCUAAAUGGAAAUCUUCCUUCUGAUAUCCUUUCAAUCCGUUCUCUCCAUUCUAUCUACCUUCAACAUAAUAACUUCUCUGGUGAUAUUCCUACUUCUUUUUCUCCGAGACUUGGUGUAGUAGAUCUCUCCUUUAACUCUUUUACUGGAAACAUUCCACCUACAAUUAAGAAUUUGACUCGGCUAUCCGUGUUGAACCUACAGUUCAAUUCAUUGUCUGGAGCAAUUCCUACUCUUGAUCAUGCCUCAAGGUUAAGUCUUUUGAAUUUGAGUUACAACAUGUUAAAUGGUUCAGUUCCAUAUUCCCUCAAGAAGUUUCCACUUUCUUCUUUUAUUGGAAACACUAAUUUAUGUGGAACACCUCUUAAUAACUGUUUUUUAAGUUCUGCAUCACCCCCUCCAAUCUUUGAAAAACAUAAAGGUGCCAACUUUAAGAAACUUAGUACUGAAACUAUCAUUGCAUUUGCAAUAGGUGGUCCUUUUGUGAUUUUUCUCCUUGUUUUAUUGAUCUCCUUAUGCAAUUUGAACAAGAAAGUUAGUAAUAACACAAGCACGGUUGAAGAUAAGGUGGUUAAUGACUUUGGAAGUGGGGUGCAAGAUUCUGAAAAGAACAAGUUGAUGUUCUUUAAAGGGUGCUCUUACAACUUUGAUCUGGAGGAUCUGUUAAGAGCUUCUGCUGAUUUUCUUGGUAAAGGGAGUUAUGGAAGUGCUUACAAAGUUUCCUUGGAUGAGGUAACAAUGGUAGUGGUGAAAAGGCUGAGGGAAGUAAGGGUUGUUAAAAAGGAGUUUGAACAGCAUAUGGACAUUGUGGGAAUGGUUAGAAGGCACCCAAAUAUAGUACCAUUACUUGCAUGUUAUUACUCCAAGGAUGAGAAAAUUCUUGUUUAUGAGUACAAGCCUGCUGGUAACUUGUCAGCAGCCUUGCAUGGUACUUAUAGAGGUAUUGGAAGAACUUCACUAGACUGGGAUACCAGAUUGAAGAUAUCUCUAGGAGCAGCAAAAGGAAUUGCACAUAUGCACUCUGAAGGUGGACUGAAGUUUACUCAUGGAAACAUCAAAUCAUCCAAUAUACUUCUUACACAGGACCUAGAUGGUUGCAUUUCUGAUUUUGGGUUAAGUCCUCUAAUGAAUUACACAUCCAUCAAGUAUAAGGGUGCUGGUUACCGCGCUCCAGAAGUGAUUGAAACGCGAAAAGGCACACAAAAAUCAGAUGUUUAUAGCUUUGGAGUAUUGCUACUUGAGUUGAUUACUGGCAAAUCCCCUCUCCCAUUGCCAGGGCGUGAUGACAUAGUCGAUUUGCCUAGAUGGGUACGAGCCGUUGUUAAAGAGGAAUGGACAGCUGAAGUUUUUGAUGCAGAGUUGAUAAAGUACCACAAUAUUGAAGAAGACAUGGUGCAUAUGCUUCAGGUUGCACUUUCAUGUGUAACAAAGGUGCCUGAUAUGAGGCCUUCAAUGGAUGAAGUCAUUAGAAUGAUUGAGGGAAUUAAUCAACUAUAAUGAGAGACAAGACUUUUCUGAGAGGACAAUAGAUCCAAGGAAUAUAAUGCACAUACCCCUGAAUGAACCAAAAGUUUUAAAUAUUUAUCUGAAUUUAGAUUGAUUAUGGAGAAUACAAUAAUAUGUCCCAGUAUUAGACAGUGUCCAACCACGAGCUCUCCUCGUGCAAGUCUAAUUCCUAUGGACACAAAUAACCGACUUACUUGUAGCUAGGACUCCUAAUUGUGGUGUGUUUCUAUGUAAUUCUGUAUGUCUAUAUAUCCUCCCCUGUUGUAUCGAAUCAUGAAUAAGAAAACACGAUUUAUUCUUGAGCAUAUUCUUCAUGUCUUAAU